AUGCUUCUGAGCACUACACUCCCUCAAACCACUCGCUGCAACAUGCAGAUUUUCGUCAAGACCCUUACGGGCAAGACCAUCACCCUCGAGGUGGAGUCUUCGGACACCAUCGACAAUGUCAAGGCCAAAAUCCAGGACAAGGAAGGGAUUCCCCCAGACCAACAACGUCUUAUUUUCGCGGGGAAGCAGCUUGAAGAUGGCCGCACCCUUUCCGACUACAACAUCCAAAAAGAGUCGACUCUCCAUCUCGUCCUGCGUCUGCGUGGUGGAAUCAUUGAGCCCUCGCUCAAGGUGCUCGCCUCCAAGUACAACUGCGACAAACAAAUCUGCCGCAAAUGCUACGCCCGUCUCCCUCCUCGUGCAACCAAUUGCCGCAAGAGGUCGUGUGGCCACUCUUCCCAGCUCCGCCCCAAGAAGAAGCUCAAGUAG